AUGUCUGGACUAAUUGAAGGUCUUCCAGACGAACUUGUGUUUCUAUGUCUUGCAUGGCUACCGUUCAAUCUCUACCCCGUUUUGCAGCUUGUUUGCCGUUCAUGGAGAGCCGCCAUACAUAGCCCUGAGUUAAUCAAAGCCCGACUAGAGGUUUCUGCACACGAGUUCUUGUGUGUGUGCACUGGUGUGGAGGAGAAGUUAUGGCAGCUGUAUGAUCCUCUCAUUGACGAUUGGUUGACAUUACCUGAUCUGCCCACAGAGAGAGAUCCUGUUCAUUUUGGUUUUGUCUCCACUGCAGGGAAGCUGUUUGUACUUGGUGGUGACUGUUCUUAUUGGGAUGAUUCAACUAAUAGAGUAACUGGUGAAUUUGCAACUGAUAGAGUGUGGUCAUAUGACCACAUCCUCGGAUGCUGGGAUCAGCGGGCAUCAAUGCUAGUACCCCGUUCAAACUUUGCUUCUUGUGUUCUGGAUGGGAAGAUUAUUGCUGCAGGUGGUCUCAAAACCAUGCUAGAGCCUAUCUCUAAUGCUGAGAUUUAUGACCCAGAGACAGAUGUUUGGGCUCCACUUCCUGAUCUCCCUAAAACAGGUUAUCCAGAAUCUGGGGUGGUGAUUAAUGGCAAGUUACAUGUGUUUUUCGAUGGGGAGUCAAAAUUUCUGGUCCUGGAGAAUGGUGGUGGUGAGUGGACGUGGGUGGUCAGAGAAAAUGAGUUGUUGAAGGGACCAAAGGCAAUCGUUGGUGAGGACUUAUAUGUGUUGAAGGAUGGUAUCAUAUUCAAGCUGGACAAGGAGCUAAAGAUACCAAAAAGGGUGGUGGAAGCACCACCCGAUUGCUCUUACUUCUUCAUUGGAUGUCAUUUUACAAUGAUAGGAAUAGGACCGGAGCUUUUCUUGGUUGGUGAAGAAGAAAUAUAUGUCCUUGCAGUUGGGAUGGAGACACCAACUAUACGUGAGCUCCCCCAGGAGUGGGAUUUGCAUGAAGCAUACACAAUAUGCAGCUGUACAAUGUUGUUGAUCUAA